ACAAUGGAUAGUUUUGAAAGUGAGGAAAAAGUUGUCCUCGAAGCUGAUAAAGUAUUCUUGUUAAUGAAAAAUGGUUUUCCUAUAUCACGAAACGUUCGGGCCCAAUGGAUUUUAGAUCAUUUGGAUAAAAUAAUAAAUAUAAAAUUACCAGAUUGUGAUAACGAUGAUAUACAAGAAUUAGAAGUAAUAUCUAUUGUUCCUUCAAAUUGUCCAACAUCAUGGGAUGAUGACAACAGUCAUUUGUACCAAUAUCGAGUUACUUCAUCAACUUCUGUCAUAUUUCUUGCUCAUAAAUACCGAAUGGUUGUUUGUUUAGAUCUUAGUCCAUCACUUGGUACUAUUGAUAUUCAGCGUGGUGCAAUAGUAUUAGACGAAGUUUGUACAGCAACAAAAGAAUUUUUAGAAAACAUUUCAAAACCUUUUCCUAUUCCAGGAAGUAAAAUAAUUCUUCAACCAGAAGUUUAUGUAACUGUAAUAGCUCAUACUCCAUUUUUAACAAAUUCGGCUCAAAAAAUAAUAAUCCAAGGAUGGCUUGUAAAUACAACAAAUAUUGCGGACCUCAUGAAAGUUAUAGAAAAACAAUUGAUUUCAUUAGAAGAACGAAUUGCUCAUGUUACUGGUAUGGUUUAUCAGCAACAAGAAAUUUUCCGUCCUGACAAUAAUGGAAUGGUCAAUGCACUUUUUGAAGAGCGAACUUCUGGAGUUUGUUCUAAUAUUAGUAACUCUAUAGGAAAUUUAUCAAUACUUUCUCCUGAAACAACUUUUAUAAAUAUGUUACGAUAUGGAUUACUUGCCGUUGCUCUAUUGCCAGAGAAUAGUUGCGCACAUCUAAUUAUUAUAACUGAUGGUAUACUUGCAACUACUGAUAUCCACGUAUUAGAUUCAAUAGUACAGCAAUUUCGAGUGUCAACAGUUGCUUGUAGUUUUAUACACUUGGGUAGUGCAUAUCAUCCACACUGCGCUAAUGGAUUAGUUGCAUACCCAGAUCUCUUAUGUUUCAUCGCAACAGCGACUUUAGGUUGUUAUAUGACAUUUAUGCCAGAACCAUCAAUUUCUGAUUCACAAAUUAAUGUUUAUCAUGAAAACUUCUUAUGUUGGAGAUUGUAUCGAACUGAAUCAACUAGCAAUAUUCAUCGGUCUAAUUAUUGGUUUACGAAAAAUGGGCUAUUUUAUGGAAACCAACAAAUACAAUUGUUGCGAAAAAAAUUAAUUGAGGAUAAAGUUACAUGCACAUUGAGUAGCCUUUUAUGCUGUCGAUUACGAGACGGAUAUCUAAUAAAAAAAUUUUCAAUGAGAGAUGGUUGUCUUGAAGUUUAUUUUAUACUUCCGUGGAAAAUAAAUGUCUUCCUUGAAUACUGUGUAUGUUGUCCAUGGCCACGUCAAUCAUUAGUUACAUACAAUAAAAUACAAUACACAAUAACAGUAGAAGCAACGUAUGAAUUUCUUCAUGAUAUCACGUGUACAUCGAAGAAACCAUUAAAAUCACCGUAUCGUCAGAGUGUUGUGUCAAGAUUUUGGGCAACUUUAUCAGCAUUAACAGAGAGUAAUAAUAUGCUUGAACAUUUUAGUUGGUUUCUUGAACCAGAUUGGACUUGGUAUAAUGUACCUGAUACAAUAAAAAGUGGUAUGCCGGUAUUCAAUUUAUCAGCUUAUCCUCAAGCUACAACAAUUCAACUUAGUGACUCGGCAUAUCAUCAAUUUGGAAAAAUCUGGCAACCUGUUGCAUCUUUAGAUUCAAAUCAAUGGGCCCGUUGGAUGCAUUCACAACGUGUUACACUUAUUUUAGCUCACGAUCGACCCUUGCCUAAAUAUCUUCAUCAAGCGAACCAAAGUGGACGCUUUCAAUGUGUUCAAUACAGACAAGCUGCUGUAGUACUUUAUGCAAUGCUAAAAAACUGGGCAACCUUUGUACUAGUAGAAAAUCAUACAUAUGUUAAAUUUAUACAAAAAGAAAUUGAAAAGCCACCUGUCUCGUUUUCUGUAAUCAGAAUUAAUUGUAAAGCUCUAUGUGUUGUAUUGAAUGUUGCUUUUGCUGGUGGUACAGAGGGUGCAAUACGUCACAAUGUUGUAACAGAUUUAGUUGAUAAAUUGUCCAAGUUAACAUUACCGAAUCGACCAAUGGAGCAACGAGAAACUUCUCCUUGUUGUACAAUUAUACAUAAAGCUUUAGAAAAAAUUUUAAUUAGAUAUGAACGUUUACCAAUAGAUUUAAGUACAAUUGCUGUGAAUUUUGAUGGAGCACAAUCAAUGUCUCUUAAAGCUACUCAAAUUCCAGGUGGAAUUCUAACUACGACAUUAUCUAGAUAUUUGCAUCAUAAUCGAUGGCUGUGGAAUGUUAAAAAACCAAUUAUACAAACUAUCCCUGGAAUAAAUAUGCCAAGACUGAAUAUUACUGCGAUAGCUAGGAUACUUUCGACAAUAACUAAAAUGAGAUUAACUGAGGGAUUUAAUUUUUCAUAUUCUACCGCUGGAAUCAUCAAUAUGGUUUUAGAAGUACAAAUGCAAGGUUUAAAAGAUGAUUUCUAUCCUUGUAUUAUCCAAUACAUUAUUUUUCCUCCUCACACAAUUACUAACCCAACAUUAGAACGAAAUAGUGAGUCAGAAGAAGACACAGAUCCAGGAACAGGAGAUGGAGAAGGAUUUACAGAAGAAAAUGAAAGUACAGGAGAUUAUCAAAUUGUUACUGAAAUAUGGAUAGAGCCUCAAUGCGGACAAGUAAAAUUACCUGGUCAUCCUACUGCUUCAUAUAUGAGUUCUUUAUUGUAUCAUGAAUUAUCAAAUGCGAUUGCUCAAGUUGAUGAAGAGUGUUUUAAUGCAUUACUAACAUUAGAACAUUUGAUUAUGCUAACACAAGUAGAACCUCGUGAUACCAAAAAUUUAAUAGCUAAUGGAUAUCAACAUCAAUUAUCGCAGUAUGCCCUGGCUAAUUCGCACAAAAUUGCACGACAAAUAUCAGUAUCAAAUUGUACACACUCUAAAAUCUUAUCCGACGAUCAGCCUGAUGAAAAAAUUCAUUCAAAGAUUUUUAAUUUUGAUAUGAUUAAUGUUUUGUCAAAAUGUCAACAAGCUGAAUUAUUAUUUUCAAUGUUUGCUGAUGAGAAUCCUGAUGGAACUAAUGAAGAUACCAACAAUAUCUUAAUUGAAUGCUUAAUGGAUCAAAUGAAAAAACUUGAUAACAAAGAACUUAUAUUAAGUACCUUGGAAUCACAAAAAUUCACAGAAAUGCUUAUUAGUAGGUCACGUGAAGACGGUCGACCACUUCCAUUUUCUAUUAGUUCAGAUGAUAAGCAGUUGAAAAAUAUUCGAUGGCGUUGUUUUAUUAAAGGUGUAAAUGUAGCACAUAUAAUCAUAUCAAUUUUACCGGCGACGGAAAAAGAUGUAAGAAGUCUCGGAUCUCCUACCGCGAUAACACGAAAUCAUUCGCGUGACAAAUCGAUAGAAAAGUUAGAUGUAUUAUCACAACCAGCUUCAUCAACUAGUAAUGAUCAAAUAACGUCUUCUUUAAUUGGCAGUCCUAAAAAAUUAGAAAUUUCUUCGAAUUUACGCAUGAUUGACUUUGAAUCAAAUUUAUCUAGUCGUACAACUACCGCUGAAAGUACACCAAAAAUCGAAAGACGAAGACGUAUGUCGUCAACCGGAGUAAAAGCCGGGUUAAUAUUUCCUAUAUACGUUUAUGAUUGUUCUUUAGCUUUGUUAAUUGAAGUACUAAUAGGGAAAUUAAAAACACCCAAGUCAAAAGAUAUUUAUCAAAAUAAUACAUUUACUAUCGGUCAACAAUUACACGAGGAUUUCAUAAAUCUCAAACCACCAAAUGAUUCAGCUUCUCCAGAGCCAAAGAGCGAGGAUUCAGAAAAUUUAUCAAAUGAUCAGCGUAGUUUAUUAGAACAUUGUAAACUAUUAACUUUAGCCCACUGUCACUGUUAUGUAGUAGCAGUAUAUAAAUCGCUAGCUCUUCAACUUAGACUUUCUUAUGAAGAUAUGGAAGCUGCAGUUGAGCAGUGUGAAGAGUCACUUAUUGAAAUAAAUAUAACAAAUUAUCUGAAGACUGUUUGUAAGCAUUUCAAUAAUUUAUCAUCAAAACUUGACGAGGCGAAAGCUAUUGAAAAAUGUCAUAGUACUACGUGUGCGGAAUUUGGGCAAUUACAUAAUUUAAUAAGAGAUAAAUUUAAAAAAAUAAUAACGUGUGCUUUCAAGCCAGUUCCAGCUCAUCCAGAAUUUUAUUAUUUUUCACCAUCACAUCACUCAGAAAGAAUAGACUCAAUGGAAUUUCAUCGCUCUGACAGUGAUGAUGAUUUAAAUUUUAUAUUUCAUUCAGAAACUAUAGACUGUCAAGUAGAUAAUAAUAUUGGUAAAAAUAAUAUAUCAUUAAAUGCAACUUGGCCAAGUAGUAAAAAUAAAAAAUUACAAGUUUAUGAUUCGACUGAAUCACUUAUCAGUGAUUUACAUGAAGAUGAAAAUAAUAUUAAGGAACAACCAUUAUUUUUACAAUUAAGUUGUACUAUACACCCUUCUAUACACUCUGGCUCAAACUUUUUAAGUAUUCCUGUUAAAUCAUUACCAACCUGUUUUUUUUCUGACUUAGAACAAUUAUUGAGCGAUUUUGAUAAUAUUGACUUUGAAAAUAUUAAAAUUACAUUAGAUAUUAUUUGUUUAUAUUUACCUAAAGAUAUUUUGGAAGUUAGUAUUGAAAAUGAUAUUAAAGCUAAAUCAACAUCUUACUGCAGUUCAUCUUCAACUGGUAGUAUUAGUACCGACAGUGAAAGUUAUCCAGAAAAUGAUAACGUACUAGAUAAUGAGCCUGUUAAAGAAAGAAUAUCUCAUCUUCCACCUUGUCAACAUCACGCAAUUUCAACUCUGACCAAUGAAAUUGAGUGGUUACUGAAAGAUGAAAUAGUUACAGCGCUUCUUGAUGUAAAUCCACCAACAGAAGAAAUAUUACAUUUUGUUGUUCGACAUGUCGCUGACUCCAAUGGACGAACCAGUUGUCAUUUUGAUAAAGUGUCGUUGCAUUUUGUAUUUUCAUCAGCAAAUAAUGCACCGAAAUUUUAUGAAGAACUUAUCAAAAUGAAGAUUACUCGGUAUACGAUUAAACAAUUGAAGGAAUAUUUAUAUUUUGUUAAAGACGAUAAUUUAGUUAGUAAUUACAUUGAAAUAAACGAUAACUCUGACACAAAUAAUAAGGAUGAUGAAGAAAAUUCAUCGGCAAUUAAACCAGAUAUAGAUUCUUCAGAUUGCCUACAAGAUAAUAAUAAUUAUUAUUAUACAAGUAGACAAGAUUCUGGUGAAUUACCUGGUUGUCAAUCAGAAGUAUCUAGCAUCGGAGAAGGACACCCCGGAACAGAUGAUGGAUACGAUGGUGACAGUAGUGAUUCAGAGGAUGAUUGUUAUUGGCUUGUUGAUUUAGACAAACGCCGAGAAUCACUGCCAAAUUUUUGGUUAAUUUUACAAGUACGUCGUAAUCAUGUUGAUGUUUAUUUUCAUUGUCGUUUUUUAGAAAUGGCAUCAUUAGAAGUCGAUUGUUAUAGACAAGUACAAAAACAGGUAGUUUCACAAAUAGCAACCAUAUGUCGUCAAGUUAAUCAAUAUUUAUUAUUGGAAAAUCUCCAUGACACACGUAAUUGUGAUAUUUUAUUAGAACCAGAUUCACAUGACGAUCAUUCGAUACGAAGCGAUUUAUUUAACGAUUCAGGAUCAGUAGUAAAACAUGAUUCACUUGUUAAUACACCUGGUAUGUUUAGAUGUUCAGUAAUGUGGGAAGAAACUUUUUGUUUACAUCCACGAUUAAAAACUGGACCAGGACGAUCAGGACUAUCGCGUGGUAUUAAGGCCCUUCAAGUUGUAUUGAAUCGUUUUUCUGUAAAUAAUCGCACAAAUAUGUUUGUUUAUCGUGAAAAUAAUUCACAAAAAAAUGUUUUUUAUUUAAGACUUCACGAGCAAACGAGUGACGGUAAAUCUCUUCAAAAUAAAUUAUCUGAAAGUGAUGAAAGAUUAAUGGUAUCAAGAAGUAAUAGUAUAGCUUCUUUAUCUCAGUCACGAAUGAGUGGAUCCCAUCAAAUGGAUUCGGGUAAAAAUGACGAUACAAGGCCACGUGUCAGAUCAUUUGGAGAAAAAGAUUCUGAUUAUAUGAACAAAUGCGAUGACUCGAUAGUCCUUAUGGUCCAUGGAAUUUCGGAACCAGGAUUAGAAAUACGUCGUGAUUUAGUUCAAGUUCUGCAUAAUAGGUUAGACGAUGCUGUAUUAGAAGUAUUGUCUGUAAUGUUAGCUAGAAACCCAAUGUGUAAAUUAACACCAGCUGAUGUACAUUUUAUUCAAAAACCAUAUCGAUCACCAGAAAGCUAUGUACAAUUUUCUGUACAGCCUUAUUACAUUAAACACAUUGGCGCAUUAGCGUAUUAUUUACGACAAAAUAUUUUACAAUUUUUGUACAUUCCCAAGUAUACAGAUCCACGUGCACAUUAUCAUUUGCAAGAUUAUUCUCAGCCUGAAGGCUCAAAAAAACGUGUUCCUGAAACAGAUAUUUUUUUAAAUAAUCAAAGUCAAUCAAGCGGUAAUCGCGGUAUUGCUUGUAUUGCAAUGGCUAUUGAUAAAGAAAUAAUGUUAUCAAGUGAUAAAAUUUUUCCAGACACAAUGAGAAUAUCUGAUUUUUCAGAUGCUAUUUCUGUAACUGUUUACGAAGGUAAAACUCGUUCUGCAUCGAUUCCAGAUGUACCUAUUGAAUUUCGUAUUUGGAAACAGGGACGAGUAAAUGUUGAAACAUUGAAAGAAAAACUUGGAGCUGCCAUCAAACAUGCCAUUUGGGAUUUAAUUAAUGAAUUAUAUCUUUUUUCUGUACCACUAACUGUAUCUGUAUCUGUUCAAAUGAAUCCAUUAGAGUCAAAAGACGAUUCGAAUGAAUAUUAUCAACUACCGAGUAAUUUAAAAAGUUUAGAUCAAGCUAAAUUGAAUUGUAAUUCUUAUGAGUUAGGUGAAAUAGGAAUGCUUAAUGAAAUUUAUCACAAAACUAUACCGUGUUGGUAUCAAUUUGCAUUAGACAUGGGUGUACCAUCUGUACGAAAACACGUUGUACCUAUUCAACAUAGACAUCCUAUAUCUACAACAAUAAAAGAAUUACAAAACUUAAUCCGUGUCAAUGCUCCUGACACAUCUACACGAGCAUUUGUAUUGGAUCAAAGUCAGCCGUUUUUAAUAAAUGAUACAGUAUCGCCGAAUACUUUUUUACCAUUCAAAAAAUUACAUGUACAAAAUGAUGAUAAAUCUAAAGAUAAUUCUGACAAUUACUCAUUUCGUGUUGAUGAUCAUAAACAUAAUGAUGAUGAUGAUAAUGAUGAAAUAAUUUAUGUGCCAUAUGAAUUUAAUUUUGAUGAUACCAAAUCACAUUCAAAAGCUGUUAUUGUCGCUAGAAAUUUUAAUCAAUGGAAAGCUUCAAUCAAUAAUAUUACUGAACCUGAUUUGUUGAUGCCAAAGGAUCAAAAAUUACUUCAAAAAUUUAAUCCACUAAUACAAGAAACAAAUUUUAUUCCACGGCAACGUUUACUAUUAGCAAAAGUACAAGGUAAUGAAUUUAUUUUGUACAUGUACAAUUGGUCAAAAGAACGAUCGGAAAAAUUAAUUAAGCAAGCAACUAAUUUGGGUGCAUGGUUAUCAUCACGAUCAGUUUUACUUUCAAAUGUCGUAAUGCAGAAAUUGGGAAUUUUUCAUCAUCAACCAAUGGAAUCUUUUCAUUUGCGUGAUGAAUGUCAAAUAUCAGAUAUUGAAUCAAUGACUAAAUUUUCAGCGAUGUACAAUGCAGAAAACACCGAUUGGUCAAAAUCAAGUCAUAGAUUGUCAACUGGAAGAAAUGUACAUUAUCCUUUGGUGAGUCAAGUAAUGCGUGAUGCACGACCAAAUGUGCAUUAUCCUCCAAAUACUGUAGACCCUGUUGUGAUAGCAGUUCACGAUCUUCAAGAUUUACAUCAACGUGAGCGUAAAAAUAAAGAAGAUCUUACACGAUUACACACAAUGUGGCAAAGUAGAAGUGCUGCACCAAAUAUACCAAUGUCAUCAACUAAUAUAAAUACAUUUAAGCGCUUAUCACGUCUCAUACAUUAUUGUUAUACGCCUAUUUUAUUUUUACCUCAAUGGAGAUUUCAAUCUGCAGCAACUAGAGAUCAUUCAUUAACUCCACCGUCAUCAAUGUCGCCAAUAAAUUCUCAAUGGCAAUCGUCAGAUGGUUACCAAAAAAUGGGAUCGAGUAAUAACGAAGCAACAGCUUGGCAUCAAGAACUUUGUAGAUCAAUGAUGUUUGAGUAUAAUCAAUAUUUACAAGAUCUGGGUUUUAAUCUUAUAGAAAUAGACUCUUCUAGUCAUAAAAAUUCAAUUGAAGAGUCUAAUCAGUUGAAAAAAAAAUGUUAUUUAAAAAAAUCUAUGCUGGGUGGAAUUUUACUGUUUGAACUUUGCCUGGAAGAGCCAUUUUUUACUGCGAAAUUACAUGUAAUUGAAUGUAAUCGCUUACAAAAUAAAUCCGGUGCUAGUUUAGUCAAUCAAUUUAUAUUGAGUUUUGUUGAUAACUGUGAAAAAGUUAAAAUUAAUAUGCAUUUACAUUCAUUUACUUAUGAUUUUCAUUUAAGAUGCAUUCAUUCAUAUAUAUCCGGUAUUGGACAGUGGUCAUUAAUACAGGGUUAUCAUCUUACUCAUUUUUUAGAUGAUUUUAUUAAGUAUUACAGCAAAGCUCCCAACUUUGCAAGAAAUCUUGUAUACAGUGAUGUAAUAACAGUUAAUAAUUUAACAACACCAGCCUCAACACUUUAUUCAUAUUUAUUAUCACACGAAAAGACUUAUGGUAUGCAAGUAUUUGGAAUGACAAGUGAUUCACUUGAUGAUCAAGAAAGUGAAUAUGUAUUAGUCCGUAUACAAAAUACGCCUUCAGUUAAUUAUUGUGAUGUUCAGGAUGUUAAGUAUACUGAUGAUUUUACAGUAAUAUUAAUAGUAUCAAAACAAGAUUUGCCAGUGCAAUUAGAAAAAAGUGAAAUAAUACUUAAAUAUUAUCUUAUAUUAAUAAGUAAACGUGAAUUGUAUCCAAAAAAAGAAGUUGAAAACAAUAAAUUAGGUAAAUUUCGUACGGUUUAUAGUAUUGUUAAAACACCAAGUGGUUCACACGUUGAAAGUUCUGUUGAAUCAACCUUAACAACCCCAACUCCGUCAUCCAACAGAAGUUCUCGGGAUGAAUCAAACGUUGACUAUGAAUUUACGGACAAUAAUUUAAGUACGACUGAAUUUAUAAAACAAAAUAAUAAUAAUAAUAAUAAUAAUAAUAAUAAUAAUAAUAAUAAUAAUAAUAAUAAAAGUAACGAUGAUAAUAUAGAUAAUGAUAAUUACAAAGAAAUAAGUGAUAAUACUAUUAUUAAUCAAAUGUUCGCACCUACUCCACCGCCAGUACCAAGUUCUCCAUUAACGAGUGUAGAAACAAUAACAAGAUCGUCAAUGAGUUCCCCUCAUUUGCUACAAAUUCGCCGAGAGUCAAUUAAUUAUUUGGGAUAUUAUUCAUCUCAUGAACAGUUAAUGCAACAACUUAUUAUUUCUCAAGCACAGGCAGUUCGUCAGCAUAUAACAAAUAUGAUUGACAAAGGUAUGCUGCAUUGUAGAACUCAUUUACUGUGGAAUAAAUUGUUAGAGAAUAAAUCUACAAUGACUUAUGCUGAAUUUACUGAACUUCGAUCACUCGCUAAAGUUGAACCACUGUCAAAUCUUGAUUCGCGAUUAAGUCCACUUGUUAAUCAGCCAAUUAGUUGGUAUCAAGCGCUUGCAAAAGUGUUGCAAAAUAAAUAUCAAGAACAUCAUAAACAGUUCAGCACUCCAGAUGGAAAUGUUAGCCAUCAUCUUAUAUUACAUCCUAGUUAUCUUCAAGUAUUUAUGAUGCUGACUAUUGAUCUUCAUACAUCUCGAGGCGAAUUAUUUGCAGUUUAUCGAAAGUCUGUUGAAAUAACAAGUACACCGUUUAGUGUCAGCGAGAUCCAUAAUUUAAUUGAAGGCUUCGUUAAUGCUUGUUGCUUUCAUUUAUGGAUGGGUCUUUACAAUCAAUAA